AUGGCACAAAAGCCCAUCCGCGAUUGGGUCUACCUGGCCAUAAUCAUCCCUCAAAUCUUGGGCAUGAUAGUCCUUGAUUUCACUGAAUUCUAUCCCACCUCCCUCUACGCCUCCUCCAAAGCCCCCCUGCACUUCCUCACCAUCAUCCGCAACACCUACCUCUCCCUCUCAGGCGACCCCUUCUACGGCGAAAAGUUCCACGGUGAAUGGCUUCACAGCCUGUACUACGUCGAACUAUUUGUCCAGUUCCCCUUCGGUGCGUAUGUCGCCUGGAAGCUGGCGUCUAAGAAGCCUUCUUCUGGGGCUACAGAGCUCGCUGGUUUGGUCUUUGCUUGUUUGACUGCUAUGGGCUCUGUGGCUUGCGUGGCUGAGCUUCAGUCUAUGGGCCCUGAGUUGGUGAGCGUUGAGCAAAAGAGGAACUUGGCUUGGGGGACGUAUUUCCCAUAUGCACUUAUUCCUGGGCUUAUGGCGGUGGAUAUGUAUAUGAGAUUGCUUCGCCGUGUGAGCAACGAUGCCAAAUCCAAGACACAAUAG